AUGUAUAAAAGUAUUGUAAUUGUUUAUUCGUCAAAAAUAAAAUACAUUCCAGGACGAUGGAUAAGUUUCAGUUACACUGAACUGGGUCGAAAGGUCAACGACUCGAUAUUUCUCACGUUACUCGGAAUCAGCGUGGCCGUCAUAAGUUUUUUGAUUGAUAUCGUCGUUGGCCGGUGCCGCCAAGCCCAGAUUUCUCUGCUGAGCUCGUUAGACCACACAAUGAUCGGUCAGUACAUAUCAUGGGUUUUAUUUUUCACUGUCUUCACGUGUUUCUCCGUUGGAUCAACACAUCUCAUUGCUCCAACCGCUAUAGGGUCUGGUAUUCCCGAAGUGAAAACAAUGCUACGCGGUGUAGUGAUGAAAGAGUACCUGGGACUUCGAACGCUGGCAGCGAAAGUGAUCGGCCUGACCACUGCUCUCAGCUCAGGCCUGCCAAUCGGCAAAGAAGGUUCAUUUGUUCACAUUGGUGUUGUCAGCGCAGCCCUCAUCGCCAAACUCUUGCCAGCUUUCAGUAGCUCGCUCGAAAACCACGAAUCUCGCCUGGGAGAAAUCCUUCUUCCCGGAAGUGCUGUUGGAUUGUCGUGCACUUUUGCUGCACCAGUUGGAGCAUUGCUCUAUAGUUUGGAAAGCACCUCUGUCAACUUCGCCAUACGAAACUAUUGGAGAAGUUUCUACGCUUCAGCUGUCGGAAGCCUCAUGUACCGAUUGGUCGCCAGCUGGUUCAAGGAAGGAGAACGAAUGGCGGCUCUGAGAGAGACCCACCUACCCCAGGGCAGAUUGUUCGACCCUUCCGAAUUUAUUGCUUUCUCAUUUUUAGGCUUAAUAGCUGGUUUCCUCGGUGUCUUGUUCAUCCUGAUGCACAAGUAUGUAGUCCUGGCCGUCCGGAAUGUCGCCAUCCUCAAACGGUUCUUCACGUCCAAUCGUUUCAUCUACCCAGCGUUGGUGGCACUGGUGGUGGGGACAUUCCAGUACCCUCCGUGGCUAGGGCAGUAUUAUGGUGGGGAGCUGACCAACACAGAAGCCCUUAACGACCUCUACUCCAACUUUACGUGGACCAGCCCCCGCCACCACCAACAUCGUAAUUUUGAUUAUGACGUCAUCAAACAGCGGCUGCUUCAGCACUGGUCGGUGGCUUCCUCCGGUGGCGUGCUCAUGGCCACUGCUUUGUUUUGCGUCAUGAGGUUGUGGAUGUGUUCCCUUUCAACCACAGUGCCCUUCCCUUGUGGACUCAUUUUCCCCGCCUUUGCUAUUGGUUGUUCAGCUCUCGGCCGAUUGUUUGGUGAAAUCAUGGCGAUCAUCUUUCCAGCUGGCAUCAGGGGUAACAAAAUCUUACCAGGGGGUUACGCUGUGGUGGGGUCAGUGGCGUUUGUAGGUGCGGUCACUCACACGUUCUCACCUGUGGUCAUAGCCCUGGAGUUGACGGGGCAGAUGGGACAUGCCCUCCCGUCUCUGCUGGCAGUGAUGAUCGCCAAUGCCAUCUCGAGGAACCUCACGUCAUCCGUGUACGAUAUCAUUCUGCAGAUCAAGAGACUGCCCUUCCUACCAAUCAACAUCCAAACUAGUUCCAAGUACCUAUGUGUGUCCAAGGAUAUCAUGCAACGCGAUUUGAAAGUUCUAACCGAAAGUAGUUCUUACGGUGAGGCUGCCACAUUACUCACGUACCACCAGUUCAAAUCUUUCCCUAUUGUCAACGACCGAUCUAGCAUGGUUCUACUUGGCUCGAUAGAGAGAUCCAUAUUAAAGCAGGUGGUUCGUGAUCAACUCUGUCUCCAGAACAAAGUGGAAUUCUAUUCUAAGAAACUGGAACGCGUGAUGAUGAAAAAUAAAAAUGGUGAUGAUGAUGUUCUUCUUAGUGAUGAACAUGGUGAUGGUGAUGGUGGUGGUACUAAGAAGAGGGGUAGGAAUGGUGUUGGUGGCGAAGAUGAAGCUUUAAUGAGUGUUAGUGCGGGGAACAGAUUUGAUUAUAAAUAA